UUCGUUGAAAAGAUCCGGUUCAUUCAUGAGCAAACGGACCCCAGCAGCAGAAUGACAACAGUGGAAUGUUGCGAAUUAAAUGUGGCUGAAACGCGAAGACGCGAUGGUUCUGAAAGAAACUGUUAAAAUUUCUGUCUGUUAACUCGGGAAUGGACAAAGCCAACCCAGACAAAAGGAAUAACCCCCCAGCGCUGAUGGACUUUUCCGUGUUUUAAAGCCCGUGUUGGACAUGAACACUUCACCAAGGCUGCCGUUAACGAGCCUCAUGCGAAAGGAAGUAAACGGACAAUAAAAAGGGAGGAUAGCGUCAGUCCCACAGUGAAGCAUGCAUGAGCGUUGAUGUGGAUCUGCUAACGGCUGGAUUGGGAUUAUUUAUUUACAAAAGGCAACUCUCUUUAUCCUUAAACCCACCAGCCAAACUGCAAGGGACGCACCUGAGUUGAAAACAAGUAAGUUUGUGUUUUGACAGACUGAAGACAAUCUGAGGCUGUGAGACCCAAGUGCCUCUAGCACUACCGCUCCGCCACCCCCAGCUGUGACUCGUUCGGCACGACGUCACAAAUGCGACCAUGGGAAAUAGCUGUGAAUAGGCGGCCGCCAACAGCCCCCUUAAACCAGAGGAGGUUCCUCGGGGAGCCCUGCAACACGCCUGUGCACCUCAGGAGAAGUCCUCCAGUGCGACGGCAGUGGGGACAGCGAGACAGACCUGUUUUGCAUGGUUCCCUACGGCAGGAUGAGACCUUUCAUCAUCCUGUGUUCUCGCAGCAGCAUCAGCACGUUCCUCUAGAGGAGUCCAGGCAGUACAGCCACGCCAGCGCACCACCACGCAUGCUCCAUCCAGCCACGCACCCGCCUCAGCAAAGCUCCAUCAUGGUGGAUCUUCACGAACAGAUGCAUCAAGGAUCAGUUCCAAUAUCUUACACAGUAACCACGGUGACGACCCACGGUUUUCCCAUCCACACGGGGCAACCGAUCCCAGCGUGCAACGCCCAGCAGCUCCCAGCAUGCUCGGUAAUGUUCAGCGGACAGCUCUCUCUGCUCUGCUGCCUUCCUCCUCCUCUAAUUCAGGCAUGUACCAUGCAGCACUUGCCAGUGUCUUACCAAGCCUUUCCACCACUGAUCUCCAGCGAGCACUUCAUUCUGCACCCAAGUCCUCCAGUGCCGCCUCACCAGCCCCCUCACCUGGCCCCUCUGAGCCAGUUCGUCCCCCUGCAGCCACAGCACCCGCGGAUGCCUCUGCAGAGAGUGGAGAAUGAAGUGGACCUGAGAGGAGACCAGCAUCCUUUGGGAACAUUCUCUUACCCUCCUGCCCAUCACCCACCAGCAGCCAUGCCCCCCUCUGUGCCCCUCCAGUAUCUCCCUCAAGAACCCCUCCACCAAGAGCUGCCCUUCGGAGUGCCAUAUGCACAUGUGCUGCCCAGGCGCGGGAGUGGCCAGAGAUACCGGUUACAGCAGCCUUUGCCGCCGCCACCCCCACCUCCACCUUACUACCCUGGCUUCCUACCUUACUUCCUUUCAAUGCUUCCUGUGCCUCCGACUGCUGUGGGCCCGGCCAUCAGCUUGGAUUUGGACGUGGAUGACGUAGAGAUGGAGAAUUACGAGGCGUUACUAAACCUUGCUGAACGGCUUGGGGAGGCUAAACCUCGUGGACUGACAAAAGCUGACAUAGAACAGCUUCCAUCCUACAGGUUCAAUUCAGAAAAUCACCAAUCUGAACAAACUUUGUGUGUUGUGUGCUUUAGUGAUUUUGAGUCAAGGCAGCUACUUCGAGUAUUACCCUGUAAUCACGAGUUUCAUGCAAAGUGUGUGGACAAAUGGUUAAAGACCAAUCGCACUUGUCCGAUCUGCCGCGCGGACGCGUCUGAAGUUCACCGGGACGUGGAGUGAGUCCAGGCCUUCGUCCUUCACUGGAAAACGGCACAAACCUUGGAGUGUGUCGUGCGAGCAGGCACACACACCAUGCCACCCGACCCCGUGCUCUCCAGCCAAAUGCAAAUGCAUCUCCCAACCACCCACCCACCCCCCCAACUUUCGACAAAUAAGCAAUCUUGGAAUUUGUACGGAAACCUGUUAGACCUCUGCUGUGCAUCAUUGUGCGAGUUUUCAUGAAAGCUACUGCCGCUUACGAACUCCACCCCCUUUAGAGUUCUGCAGUUGUGACCCUUUUUCAUUUCUUUCUCUGCCCUCGUUUUCGCAGAUUCCAAAGAUAACCUGUAAUGUGUGUUGUGUUGGCAUCUUUGUUUACACAAUUGAAUAUUCUCUAGUUGUUUGAUCACCGAUAAUUCAAGUUGUGCUUUAGUGGUGUUGAGGGAGAUCAGGAGAGGACCUGGACGGUGGUUGGGUUUGAUGACGUGCAAUCAGACAAAGCGGGCAAGAAAAGGAAAGGAAAAAAAAAGGUGGUUUGUCCAUAAAGACGCCAUAAGAAAAAGUUUCGACCAUCAUAAGAUGCAUGUUUGUAUAGGUGAUGGGCUCAAGUGACUUGUUAAUAAUGUAUGUUUUGCAAUAAUGUAUUGAUGAUUUCAAUAUCUUUAUCCCGACUCUUUUUAACCUGCGAAUGCUAAUGUGAAAGUAUGACUUGCAGUGGGGGCCUGAGGUAAAAGAAGAAAAAAAAAACACAGUACUGCAAACAUGACCGGAUGUGUGCGUGUGUGGGGAAUCCACGCGGUGAGAGAGACACUGAGGGGACACGUGCUCUUUUGAGACGGACUCUAGGCCUCAUCGCUGUGGACUUUUGCACUGUUGCUUGCGCUGGAAAGGUCGCCGCGCGGCCCAGGAGAAACUCAGACGCCGCCGCGCCUCUGACCUUUUUGACCUUUUUAACCCCCACCCACCCCCCCACCCCGACCUCCAGCCGCCUCCCUCCAGGGUGUGCUGCACAAAAGACCCGCACCCACCCCUCUGCCCUACCCCACUCCACUGCCGACAGGCCUCACGGCCCUCUGGGAAAGCCUCCUGACCUCCACCCCAUCACUCUAGCUCUCUGGCUCUCUCCAGGAGAACUCACCACAGGCCUUUGCACGGACCGUUUCUUUUUAGGUUAGCAAUAUUUUUUCAACCGACAGAAAGCUCCACCGCAUUUCAGUUUUUUAACGACCCAGGUCCGGCGGGGAAAACAGAGGAGAGAGAGAGAGAGAGAGAGAGAAAAGGAGGGUCGACCACGGAGGCAUCGUCCGUAGAGCAAAACGACUUUGGAGAACCCCCUUUUUUGCAGAAAGCAAUAUGUGCAAUGAGUGAAUGAAACAUUUUACAUUUUUGUCCUUUUUCGUUUUUUGGUUUUGUUGUUCUUAUUUUUUUUUGGAGGACCAGGCUUUUUCCUCGUUUGUGAGCCAAAUAUUCAAUAUACUCUACAAGAAUUCAGCUCUGCCUUCUUCAAGACCUUUUGACAAGCACAAACCUGUUACUAAUCUUAAAAGAGAAGCCGUAGUCGGUUUAACGUGUGCGGUUAAAAAAAAAAACAACAAAAAAAAAAACGGUGUUUUAUUUAUUGGUUUUAUCUUCCUGGAGAGAAGAAGAAGAAAAAAAAAACUUCUGAAGGAUAAGGGCAGAAUACUAGUACGGUGUGUCUUCGGUGUAUGUGUUUUGGCAACAUUGUCAGGUCCCAGGCCAUGCUAGUGGUGUUCGAAAAUGUUGUUAAAAGAUAAAGCAUUGUACGCUUAGUUUGAGAAGUUUUAAAAAAGAAAAAAAAAAGUCUUCUUUUUAAGACAGAAGAAUGUGGAAAAAAAAAACAACCCCAUAAUAUGUAGACUCUACUUGUGUGCCAGCUGACUGUAGUUAAUUCCGCAAUGACCCGGACAGGAUUUUAUAGCGAGUCGGAGUGAAGCGAGUCGGAUUGGGGGGGUGGUCAUUGAUAGAAAUGCACUGUAAACAUGCUCAGCUCUUGGUCCACUCUGCUUAGAACUCUUUACAAAACAAACUGAAAAGGGAGGGAUAAUGUUUAAGAAGGGUUGUCCCCCCCCCUUUCCUUUUCUUAAAGUACUGCUAAUUAUAGGUUUAUAUAUAUAUAUAUAUAUAUAUAUAUAUAUAUAUAUAUAUAUAUAUAUAUAUAUAUAUAAAAUUUAAUUAUAUUCCUGCUUCAUUGUGUACACUGAGUAGCAGUUAUAAGCAGAUAGACAGACUUGCUUUCUUGGGUAAAGGGAUGUUGCUGUGAUUUUUAGAAGCAUGUGAGUCUGUGCCGAUGCGUGCCAGGUAUUUAAACAAACAAAAAAAAGCCAUUGUGAUGAAUUUAACCCACACUUUUGAUAAUAAUCUGUGUAUACAUAUCUGUUCACUGGCAUAUAUUUUGAAAAGAAAGAAAAAAAAACUCUCAGGGCCUCUCAGUAACUGAAAAAUAAAGGAAAACAGUCCGUUUAAAAUGGGAUUGAUGCCAUGAAGGGGAUGUUUGUUGAAUUUUCUUGGUCGUUUUCCUCAGGCCAUGCAUAUUUUAAGUGUAACCAACUGAAUUAAUAUUCCUUUUUAAUGGUAGUUAAUAUUACUCCAUCUAAAGACCGGCAUGCAAGGGGGAAAAAUAAAUAAUAAUAAAUAAAUACAGUUGUAUUAAGCGAGAAUAGGCAAAUGUUUCACUGCAACCAAUCAUCCGAGUGUUACACCAAACCUGUUUUUAACGUUUGAUUUUCUGUGUUCUUGUACUUGAACCACACAUAGAGGUCGUGAUCCCGUCGAAGAACGUGCAGCCGAGCACAAUAUCCUACCUAAACCACUUCCAAAAAGGAAAAAAAAACGUAUUCUAACAGUGUUUGCAUGAUUUAAAAGGAGAAAAAUAACAAAAAUGGAAAAAAAAAAAGAAUAAAACCUGUAUUUUCAGUAAGAUAUUUAGACAUGGGUGGGCAACUAUUUAAUUGUGCACAGUAUGCAUGCGUGUCUAACCAGAUCCCAGCUGGGUGUUUUAUUUUUUAUUUAUUAUUUUUUUUCCUUCAUUUUCUUUCUCUUUUCAUUUUCUUCUUUUUUCUUUUUUAAGCUCUAGUUGGCUUUGGGUUCCGGGGGAUCGGGGACUUACGGCUCAGCUGAAAACUGCCAUGCGUUGUACUGCACACAUUUGUAACAGAACUGAAUGACUACAAGAUUUUAUUGCGCUAGCACUUACACAAACAAAAAAAAAGAGAAAGAUGCUAGUCUUCGGCUUGGGAAGAGGGCCGCUUUCAAGACGGGAGCCGCGCCGGCUCCAGCUCCGGCUCCUGACCACAUUAGUGCUUCUGCUGUUGCCUCGGUGACUGAAACUGACAUGCCUGGAAACUAGAUAAUCGAAAGCCAUAUAGUGCAAAGGUGCUAGAUGUUCUAUUUUAGGUAUGUUGCUACAUUCACAUAAGGGAAUGCAAUAGUUUGCUAUGAAUCUCAUGUAUUCCUUACAGCAUGCAGUGCUAGUAGUGCCCCUACAAAUGGUCAGUGACGUGUGUUAACGGUAUUGACAGGAGGUUUGACUUUUACAGAGGAGGAAAAAGCUAAACAUAAAGUUUGAACUGAGGCUACUGUUAAGUGAGCGCCACCUACAGUACGGUACGGUACAUUACGUGCGCUCGAUGUGUAAUAUUCUUUUACUGCCCGGGUGAUCAGAUCAAGUGCAUCUGCCUUAAAUUUGUGCGUAUUAAAAGGGGACUAUAUAAAACGUCGUCUUGCUCUCACCAAAACUGUUAAAAUAUGUACCUGCCAUAGGGUCUUUUACCUUAAACAAGCACUAUCUGUAAAUGUCAUGGUUAAAAUGAAUUCAGUUGCCAUAUACACGAGCAUUUUAGCUUGGGGCGGGGGGACCUAAUGGCUGUUUCUAAUGUACUCUUAUUUAGAUUUAUAAGGAAAUUUUCACAAUAACCCAAUUCCUUGAGGAAAAAAAAACAACCCUCAGUGUUACCUGUACUGAAAAAAUACAUACAAAAAAAUAUACAUAUUUAAAAAAAAAUCUUGUAGUCUUUCUGUGAUCCAAUUAAUAAAUAAUCUCACAGCUUGUGUGGUGCAAAAUUGUGUUCCAAUAAGCAGCUAAAAAAAUUAUUUAGGAUUUGUGAUUUGUUGAUUGCUCCGUAGAUGCCACUGAUUGUUUACCAAUGAUUUCUUGCUGUGGGAUAGUGGAUUGUUUACUGUUCUAAUAGCCCCCCUGGCCUCGAAGGGUCGCUGCCUGAACUCCAGACUACCCAGCCGCCAACUGGGGCCAGGGGCAUGUGUUCUGUGUUAGGAAGAUAUUUUUGCUUUGGUACUUGCACAUUUACAGUUACCUCAUUUUUGCCAUGUUUGUAUUUGGAAGAAACGAUGAAAAAAGAAAAAAAGUACAAAAAAAAAAUAAAAAAGCUAAUAUAUAUUAUAUAUAGGAAAUGGUUCUUAAUGCUAUAAUUUUUUUCAUUCCAUUUGAAUCAUAUUGUUUGUAGCAUUUAACAUAUAACUAGGUAUAGUGUAUUAUUAUAUACACAUCUGUAUACUGAUUGAAAUUUUUAAGAUUUGUACUUUUUUUAAAUGAAAGUUGCUAGUUCUGCUUUACUGAGUAGUGCAAUCAUAUUUUUUUUAAUUGUUGUGGCUGAUUUGAGAGGGUUGUUCACUAAUAAAUGUAUGAUGUAUACCAAUA